AUGGGUAUGUGUAAGACCUCACUAGCCCUUGUUUGCCUCCUAGGCUUGGUAAUGUUUCAUUCCUCUCAAGCCCAAAACUCACCCGAAGACUAUCUCAAUGCCCACAAUGCAGCUCGUUCACAGGUGGGUGUUGGUCCUCUGACAUGGGACAACAACGUAGCCUCCUAUGCAGAAAACUAUGCAAAUCAAAGGAUCAAUGACUGCAACCUCAUCCACUCGCAAGGCCAAUACGGCGAAAACCUGGCCACCGGAACUGGCACCUUAUCAGGAACCGAUGCCGUGAACCUGUGGGUCAGUGAGAGUGUUAAUUAUGACUACAAUUCCAAUUCUUGUACUGGUGAGCAGUGCGGGCACUACACUCAGGUGGUGAAAGUCUUGAGGAAGGGUCUAGGGAGGGAAAGAAGGACCCUGGGUAGUAGCAUGCUGGGGACGUCGCGGACAUGGCCUUCUCAAGGUCAUGGUCCCGCGGGGACCAGUUAUGGUCAUGGACUUGGGACCUCACUUUUACCUCGGUUGUCAAACCAUCGUUAG